GUCUGGGGAUAGAAACAGUUGCUACAUGUUAGGAGUUACUAUGGUAACGUGACGUAGCAUUUCCUAAAGAAACGGUUCCAAAAGAAACAUGGCGGCGGCAAAAACUAAUCGCAGGAAUUCAACAGGGAGUCCAUGUCGCGAUAGAACCGAUGAUCGACUGAGAAGGGAACAUUUUUUACAUCCAAACUCCGAUCAGAUAGAUUUGAAUCUACUUCUUCAGGCAGUUCUUGAUAUUAACGAGAAAUUGAACGAUAAACAAGCAGACAAGAUGGAGGAAGGUGUUAGAACGGCGGCUUCAAAGAAUAAUUGGGAGGUUGUUAAAAAGGGAAAAGAUUUCGACGACACUGCCUCGAGACAUUCUUCGGUGUCUACUGCUUCUAGAUCAAGGCCUAGAAGUGCUGUACAUCUAAACGAAUCUCGUCGGCCCCCGCCUCUUGAACGCAAAAAUAUGUCGUUUAGCAAUGCGAAAGUGGAUGCCAUUGAUCGAGAGAACCAGAGACUUUUAAAGCAAAUUACAAGAACAAGGGGAAGGCCAAAGUCUGCUCAACCGAGGAAACUUCUAUCAGAACCCUUAAGGGUACAAACAUCGUCUGAAGUUAACAGAUACAGAUUUCAAAGAAAAGUUGAUAUGGAGAAUCAGAAAUUUCUGGAAAGACUUCAAGCAGUAAAACCAACAAGGAGUUUAUCCAAGGAUUCAUUGCUUAAAGAACAUAUUAAACAGAAACAGUACUCAAAAACUGCAUCAAGAAGUCGGCCAAGUAGUGCAAAGAGCACUGUAUCAAGUGCUGCCCAACUUUCACGUUCUUCUAGUGAGUCGAGUUUAAUGAUUGGGGAUUCUGUAAGUGUGGCAAGUUCUAGAUUAUCAAGUGGCUCGCGGCGAUCAGUGCAAAGGAGAGCAAUCUCUAAACCUGUGUGGGAAUCUGGAUGGUGAUUUGAAACAUGCAGAACAGCUACCAAAUGUAAAUCCUUGUUUACAUGGGCAAUUUACUAAUUGGAAGAAUAUUAACAUAAAAUUUUGUUUUUUGUGAUGUCUAUAAAUGAGUGAAUGAGAGCCUCUUUUGGUAUUGCUUUUCAUUCUGUACAUAAUUUAUGUCAUACCAAAUAAAAAAAAUUGCAUGGAAGUUGUUUAACUUACAAUAUACUUGCAUCAUUUAUUACAGAAUAUUAUCAUACUCCAAGGACUUUCUCUGGAAAUUACGCAGACAAGUGCAAGUAUAUGCAAAAUUAUGACAAUUCUCAACCUUCUCAGGUUGAAAGCUAGGGAGGAUAAAAAGAAAAAAAGUUUAUUUCUCAUUUAGGUCAAACAAUAAAUAUUAUUGUUGUACAUAUUUCUUACUGUAAACAAAUAAUUAAAGCAAGAUGAAUGUACAAAAGAA